AUGUCUGCAACAGAGGGGCCCCCAGGAAGUAUAGGGGCCCCCAAUGGUAUAGCAGCAACUUUACUAGAUCCUCUUUCUUCUUCAUCUGCUGCAGCAGCAAUGGUGGGGGCCCCCUCCUCUCGCUAUAUGCAGCAGGGCCCCUGCCCCCCCUACACGCUGGGGGGCCCCCCUUCUAAUAUUGACAGCGAGCAAACAACAAGCAUUGAAAAGUCUUUAGGGUCUACAGGGGUCCCCCCAAGCAUCUGUGGGGCCCCUGCAGCAAGGGAAUGCCUAGCAGCUUACGAAGGAGCAGCAGCAGCUGCAGCAGCCACUGCUGCUGCUGCUGCUGCUGCUGCACCAAUGGUGGAAGCAGCUGCAGCAAAAGGAGCAGCUGCUGCUCUUGCUUGCAGCGAGGGGCCCCCUUCAUGCGCUUCCAGCAACGGGGGGCCCCCUGGAGACAGCUACCGUGAGGGCUGCUGCCUUGAUAGGGAUUCGGGGGCCCCUGCUGCAGCAGCUACAGCAGCAGCAGCAGCAGCAGCACCAUCACACUCGGAGGGCCCCCCACGCUGGAAGCGGGCGCAUACGGAUACCGAUGGGAGCAGCAACUGCAGCAGCAGCAACUGCAUCAGCAGCUGCAGCACCAGCAGCAGCACUACCAGCAGGAGGAGACAGAAGGGAGACACAGCAGCAGCAGCAGGCCGUCCCUGGUGCCGAUACACCUGGACAUUUGCUCAGCACUUUCGUGAUCCCCAGCUGCUGCCGCUGCUUGCUGCUGCAUUUGCUGCAGCAAAAACGCGUAAAGAGGCCCUUGAGCAAGCAGCAGAAGCAACUAGCGGGGUACAGGGGGCCCCCGCAUACCCCCCUAAACACCAGCAACACCAGCAACAACAACAGCAGCAGCAGCAGCAGCAGCAGCAGCAACAGCAGCAGCAGCAGCAGCAGGAGCUUGAACCUGUAAAUAUACCCCUGCGUAUAAGGCCUCGCCAAAUACUUGUAAGAAAUAUCUUUACUCUUCAAUCAACCACUGCAGCAGGAGCAGCAGCAACAGCAGCAGCAGCAGCAGCAGCAGAUUGUGCAUGGUCGAAACCUGUACAGACUGCAGCAACUGAAGAUCCAGGAGCAGCUGCAACACUGUAG